AAUUUCACUUCGGAGUGCAAUCCGUUUUUUGUAAUAUAAAACAGGCAAAUAGCCAUGCCGUCCACCAGAAAGGCAGAUUCCACCCAGAAGACCCAGUGCAUAUAAGAAAUAUUUUUGAAGGUCUAGUAUCCAGGCUUUUUUUGGAGAGUAAUACUACAUUAGAAUUGGAUGAUAAUGCUCUCAAAAGUAAAGGAAUUCAACUGCUGUUAUGUCCUGAUAAGUUAAAGAAAGCUGAAGUAAAAAUAAAUGGUAAAAGAAUGCAAAUUUCCAUGAGCAUGUCUUUUGGUUACUCUUUAAAACUUAAUUUAGGCCUUUUUGAAGGCACCAAAGAAAUGUUCUUUCAAAAAAUAACCCAGCCCUUGUUAAAGUUGGUGCAAGAUUUAAAAUCUAGUGAGAAGGAACUACGGUUUCUGCUGAAUAAGAAAGAUCUUGAAAUAGAAGAGUAUAAAAGUGAAGGAGCACAAGUAGUCAGACAUUUUAAAACUUCCAAGUUCGACGAAGAAAAGCACAUGAAUCAAUUCAAAGCAUAUUCAGAAUGUUUUGGCUCUUCUGACAUUCCCAACAGCAUUCUUGAGAGAACAGUUGAUUUACCUGAAAUUAUUAUAGUAAAGCAGGAGCCAGCACCUGUAAAAACAGAACCUUCAUUGCCUGUGAUCAAAUCGGAGCCAGCUACACCAGUAUUCGAUGAUCAGACAGUACACGGCACUGUAUGUGUCAAACGAGAACAUGCCAUAGGCGGCCGCAGUCAUGUGUCUAUUGACGCUAUGAGACUAAAGAGAUCUAAACUGAAUUUGUGAUUGCUAUUAACUUGUUUACACUGUUAAGGUGAAUAUACACACGUAAUACCAUGAAGGUAUAGAUAAUAUUGGCACAUAUAUUGAUAUCUCUUUCAUGUGUGGCCCGACCUCUCUUUCUUAUCUAUUGCUAAGCAUAUUCAUAGGUAUUGCAUAUUAGUUAUGCUUUUCAUGUUAGAAGGAGAGUUCUGGCCACAGAUGAAAUAGAUAACAAUAUGUCUCUAAUCUCUUAUCUAAAGCUUCAUGAUAAAAUGGACAAGUACAUAGCGUGCUGGCAUGUUCAAAGUGUUUUUUUUUUUUUACAUUGACAUGCCAGCUACAAGCAUGUUUAUGCUAUCUGGCAUGCAAUUGAGUAAGGUAUUGGCAUGUGUGUAUCCGCUUUAAAAAAUAAUUAAACAUCUAAUAAUUAAAUAUCUUCUGAAGCAUGUAUUUGUUAUGUUCUUAAUUGUUUGUAAAAAAUAAAUAAACAAGAUAUAGCAUGUAUUAUCAUAUGAGAAAUAUAUGAGUGCUUAUUAUGUCGGUAAGCUGUAAUAUGCACAAAAUUUAAAUUAAUAUGCCAUAACAGAUUGCCUAUCUAUAUUUGUCUAAUUAGAAUGAAAUUGUCAUGUAUUUUGUGACCACAUAUAAGUGGUUAUUCAUAACGCCAAUUUUAUAGAUAUGUUUGAUUGCGACUGAAUUAAUGUAUAAAUAUCAAAUGGCGGUAUAAAAAAUAAUAACACGAGUUUUAUAUUAAAACUUUAUUAUACAUAGAACAUUUAUUAAAACCUAAUAUGAAUUGUGCUGAUGUAGUGACUGUUACUAUUAAUGUGAUUACAUGGAGACUGUUAUUUUUUGUUAUUUAAUUUUUAAUGCGUAAAUUUAUAAUUUUCACUGAUAACGGGAUAAGUUUGGCCGCUUUUGGAUAACAUUUUACACGAAAUAGUAAUAAUUGAAAUAUAUUUUUUUGUCAUAAUAUGCACAGUAAUUUUUAUUUUUCUAAUAUAUUCAAUUAUCUUUAAAAAUAUUAUAUCUGUGACAUGUAUGAUUUAUUAGUUUAGGACAAUAUGAUGACUAUGUAAAAAACGUGGCGAACGCAAAAUAAAUGUAGCAAUAAUCUAAUAAGACUGAGUUAUUCACUAUUGUAUAUAUUUUUGUGUUUAAAAUAAUGUAACAAAUUUCAUUAAAUUCGCAAUUUUUGAUUGACUGUCCAGCAGCAAAACCUCACUCAUUUUGGGACCAGCCCGAAGCACGAACUGUAAGACACACUAUGAUUUUUCAAUCUAUUGAACAGUUCAAUAAUAAUAAUGCACAAUUCAUAAACUUUACACCUCUCCAAUAUAAUCGCAUUAGUUGUAACUUACAGAGUGUACACUAUUGAUUGGUCGUAGUUUUGUUCGCUCAAUGAAUUUAAUUUAUAUUUUUAGAUUCUUUUUUAAACUUUUGCCAAGGAAAUUUAAAAUAUUGAUGUCAUUUUUUCUGUAGUUUCCAAGUAGUAUAGCCAAAUAUUUUAUAUUUCGAAUUAUUUUUACUUUCAACUAUCUUCACUUUGAAUUUGAUUUGCCAAAUUUUUGUCAUGAAAUAUGUGUAGAUUCGACAAAUGAAAUUUGCAACUUCACUCUGUAUUGUUAUAUUGCUCGAUGUAUGGUAUUUAUUUUAAUGUAACAAAUGCGUUAUUACAAAAUUUCACUCUUAAUAAACGUUUAAAUUCGUUAUAA